UUAUAUAUCAGCGUGACGUUUUGUGUUUUGACCUCCAACCUCCGCGUCAUUUCCUCAGUUGCACUUGCACAACGUGAAAGAUGGCAGAGAAAGACCCGAACAGCGAAUAUGCCAAGAGAAUUGACCCGACAAAGGAGGGUUUGUCGAAGGACCAGCUGAAAUUCAUCCAGCAAGUGGAGAUGGAACAAUGGAGGAAGAGGACGCAGAGGCUAAAGGGCAGAAAUGUGGCCACGGGCCUCGCAAUUGGUGCCAUAACCAUGGGCAUCUAUGGCUACACAUUCUAUUCCGUGCGACAAGAAAAGAUCAUGGACGAAAUUGACGAGGAGGCAGCAAGACUAACCAGGUCGCAAGUACCGAAGACAGGGGCCAACUGAGAAGGGGAAAGGAAUAUGUGUAUGGAAAGCCAGGCUUAUUCCUCCAACAUUGUCUUCGAGCCUGUAUAAACUGUUUGCACUGACUGACUGUCGGACAGAAGUGGACACAUCUUUCCACCACCAUCCUCUUGACAGGUUGCUGACAUACUUUCAAACGGACACUAGGUGGCGCAAUGGGACAACAUUCAACAGAGCAUCCAUAAUAGACUCUGAACUGAGAGGAGAAUAUUCUUUUAGUUCAGUCUUUAUUCUCUGCUCUGUCAAUUCUGUCAGCCUUCUUGGAGGACUGGGUCCUGUGGUGGUAAAAUGGGUAGUUGAAUGAUUUGGUGUCUUUGUGUAAGCCUAUGCUGUUCUUAUGUUCUUGUGCCCACUAGGCCUCCAAGAGCUUGUUUAUUUAGCAAUAGAUGUGCGUCAUAUGGGAAGUGUGAAUAGGCAACUACUUCAUUUAAAAGAUGAUUAUGAAUCUACCAUGCAGCAAUGUCACAGGGGCCUUUGAUUCCAAUCAGAGUAUAAUAGCAAGACCAGUAAAGUAACAGUAAAGUAAGCAUGGAAAUAUAAUAUGUGAUUUGUAAAAUAUAAUAAAUUAUAUUGUGUCAUUA